GGUAUUUAUUUACUAAAUUUGGCGAGUUCCAACUUGUCUAUAGACGAUAUCGAUUGCUUAGAAGAAGGUGCAAAUUCAAUGGAGGAGGUGAAGAAGGUCGAAGCCGAAACACCACCACCGAUUCCUAAUCUGGCUUCGCUUGAUCUUUCCAACGAUGUUUCUGAGAAGAAAGCUGUGGUUCAACCACCGCCUAAACCCAAAGCUUUACCUGUCGUGGAGAAGGCUCCAGAACCUGUGUUGAGGAAAGCUUCAGAUAGAGAUAUUGCUCUCGCAGAGGUUGAAAAGGAAAAAAGGUUGUCUUUUAUCGCGGCAUGGGAAGAAAGUGAAAAAGUUAAGGCAGAGAACAAGGCCCACAAGAAGCUCUCUUCUGUCGCUGCAUGGGAAAACAGCAAGAAAGCAUCUGUGGAGGCCAAACUAAGAAAAAUUGAGGAACAAUUAGAGAAGAAGAAGGCAGACUAUGCAGAGAAAAUGAAGAACAAAACCGCCAUGAUUCAUAAGCAAGCAGAAGAAGAGAGGGCAAUGGUUGAAGCUAAACGUGCCGAAGAUAUUCUCAAGGUAGAGGAGACGGGUGCAAAAUAUCGUGCCACUGGGCAGAUUCCAAAGAAGCUCCUUGGUUGCUUUUGAGCAACUGGAGAUAAAGAUGAUUUAGCAUCUCAAAUGCAAACCCCAACUUCCUAUCUUUCCACACGGCAGAAACCACCGGCAUGAUACAAGGAACAUUAUGUUGAGUCGUUCUGUUGUUUGAAUUUCACUUUGUAAUCUGAUCUGUUGUAACUGGUGUUUUGUAAUUCUGUUGUAACUGAUGUUUUGUAAUUCUAAUGAUCCAUAACUGUACAUACUAUAAACAUUUGAAUACAAGUUUGCCAAAGCCAUUGCUCAUUGGCGUGGCCUUACCCCU